UUGCCUGUUGUUGCCUGUAGGAAGCGUAUAGAUUAGGAAUAGCCUCAUUUCAGUCAUUUAUACAUACAUUGAGUUCAGUACAUUUUGGGACUGAUAUAAUCUCAAAGAAAGCCACGAUGAGAGUAUUCUUGUAAUUCAUCGGCAAAUCAAAAUAGCGAAGCAGGGGUCCGCGUGUCGCUAGCAGCGUGAUGAAUCGAUGAUCUGGCAAACGACCUUCAACGAAUCGCUGGCGAUGACGUCACAAAUCCAAACAGGCCGGGCGAGUGGAGUACCGUCUGUGUGACAGCGGCGGUGCUCGAGGGGUGACGCGCCCGAGACGGACGGCCCGGAGGGUCAGACGAGACAGUGCUGGCGUUGGCGACCGCGGCCGCGCGGCGCCGGGGAAUGGGCGGCGAGUGGGGAUCGCUGCAGAAAGCCAUCGUCCAUCGCUGGGGCUCUGGCAGCCGCGCACGGCGCUGAGCGGGGUCGGACGGACAGUCGGAGCAGUCGCCAAUAACGGACCGUGCGAGCCUGGAUAAUGGCCUCGUCCAGCGACGCCAGCUCGUCCGAUAACGGAGGGCAUCACGAGGGCGUGUACUACCACAAGAAGUUCAAGCUGCUGUCGUGCCUAUCAGAGCCGGCUGGCUACGACGCCGUGGCGGCGGCGGCGGCGCUGCGCCCCCAGCUGGUAGCCGCCGGCUGGGAGGCCCGCCGCCAGCUGCCCGAGCCGCCCCCGCCCGCCGCCGAGCCGCCGCCCCCGCCCUCCGCAGACGAGGCCGCCCUGAAGGCGGCCCGCAAGGCCGGCAAGUACCAGUGCAACUUCUGCGGCAACUUCUUCGCCAAGCCCAGCGUGCUGGACAAGCACAUCCGCUCGCACACCAACGAGCGGCCGUUCUCCUGCGCCGUCUGCAAGUACUCGUUCAAGACCAAGAGCAACUUUGUCAAACACUGCAAGACGCGCAAGCACGCGGCUCGCAGCGCGGGCGGCGACGGCGGCGACCUGCCCUCGGACGAGGAGGUGACGGACAGCGAGAUCAGCGAGGCAGAGGGGGACGCGCCGUCCGAGACGGACAGCUGGACAGCACUGGACCUGGCGGCGCCUCCGGCCGCCUCGCGCUGGUCGGCGGCCGCCCCGGCCGAUCCGCCGGCCACCUCGGAGCGCGUGGAGCCACCGCCGGCCGGCGGGCCCGCCUCCUCCCGGCAGCACAUCAGCCACUCCAUCGAGCACAUCAUCGGCCGGUCGGAGGAACCCGGCUCACCGCCGGAUCCACCCGGCUCGCCCGGCGCCAAGGGAGUCGUCAGUCACAUCGACAAGGUGAUCCAGCUGAACGAGGCCCAGCUCAGUAUCACCAAGCGGGCGCUGGACAACUUCGGCCGGCAUAGCACCACUCUGGGCCGGGAGCGCGAGACCGUGCGCCGGGUGACCUCUGUGGACCCGUCGGCCGGCAGCCGGCGCGGCUCGCUGUUCCUGCCGGCGCGGCCGGCGCCCGCCGAGCCGCCCACGCCGCCGGCGCUGGCGCGGCGCAGCUCUGUGAUCGGCGUGGAGGCGCAGCACGACACGGCGCCGCGGCCCACGGAGCGGCCGCGCCAGCCGCCGGCGCUGCUGCGCAGCUCAUUCAGCGUGCCGGCCGCCGCCGAGGAGCCGCCGCUGGCCAGCGACAGCCUCCAGUUCACGGCCAUGCCCAGUCUGCUGGAGGCGCGCUGCGUCGGCUGCGGCCUCUCCCACCCCGGCCCGUGUCCGCUGCUGUCGGACGGAGCGGCCGCCGGAAGCGGCGGACACAUCCUCAAGCGGCACCUGCUCUCCAGCGCGGCCGGAUCGCCGCAGCUGAAGCGGCGCCGCCUCUCGCCGGACGUGGAGCGGCUCUCGGCGGCGGCGGCGGCGGCGGCACGCUACGAGCCACUGGUGCCGCCGCCGGCCACCGCGCCGCCGCCCGGCGGACGCUCGCCCUUCGAGGAGCGCAAGAACCUCAGCUACAUGGGCGGCGGCCAGGUGAUGGUGAACGAGCCGAGCGAGCGGCGCACCUACCGCGUCAACCAGUCGGUGUCGGGCACCUCUGCCGGCGUCAGCUUCUACGUGUCCUCUCCGCCGGCCAGCGCGGCGCCGCGCGAGACCAGCCCGCAGGUGAUGACCAUCAAGUCUAACCUCAACUCUGGUGGCAAGAUGAUCGAGAUGAGCGGCUCGUCGGACAGCAGCUCCGGCGGCUCGCAGCUGGGCACGCCGCGGCUCACCGGCUCGGCGCCGCCGCUGCAGCACAACCCGUUCCACUUCAACAAGCCCAUUUCCAGCAUGUUCACGGGCUCGUUCUACCCGGCCAUCCAGGCGCCCAACAUCACGCCGCAGCUGGGCCCCAUCAUGCUGCCGCCGAGUCCGAGUCGGCUCGGUCCCGGCGGCAGGGAAGGCAGGGAGGGACGGGAAGGCGGCGCCAAACGGUUCUGCUCGCCCAAGUCGCCGUCGUCCGGUCUGCUGUCGGUGCCCGGCCAGCCGAGCCACGCGCCCGUGGUGGCCCUGCCGUCGACCACCCGCGCCGGCGGCGGCAAGAACCUCAAACUCACCAUCCAGAUCCCUCGGCCCAACUUCCCGCCGUCGACGGCUGCUCAAACCGCCCCCGUCACCGUCCCGUGCCACGUACCUCCUCUGGCGGCGGUGGCGGCGCCCGCCCCCGCCCCCGCUCCCGCCCGCUCCCCUGCUCCCGCGCCGGCCCCUGCCCCCGCCCCCGCGCCGGCCCCCCGCUCACCGGCCAUCCUACAGCCGCCCAUCAGCCCCGCGCCGCGGCGCUCCCCGUCUCGGCCGGUGCCGCACAUCCCCGGCAUCCCCGGUCCUUACAGCGCCGCCUCCGACAUGCCCGCGCGCAUCGAGCGCCCGCCGCCGCCGCCGCCGCCGGCCCGGCCGCCGCCCAAGAUCCAGGUACAGGCGGCUGACGAGCCGGCGCCGGGCAAACUGGGCGGCAGCCUGCCGCGGCCCAGCUCGCUGCCCCUCCAGCCGGUGAAGUACGUGAACAAGUCUCAGCGCGGCGCGGCCCUCUACAGCCCCGAGACGCCGCGGCCGCGCAAAGCCAUCCAGCAGACGCACAUGAACGGCAAGUGCUACACAUACAUCGGUCACAAGAGCUCAACCAAGCUGUACUUCUGCAGCCUGUUCCAGCCGCAGCCCAACUACGUGGAGCAGAAGUGCGGCGGCCACCAGGUGUCGAUGUACUCCCAGUGGAAGCACUCGGAGCCACCGGCGGACGGUGUGCCCGUCACCCGCGCGCUCUCCACGCUGCGCCUGUCGGUGAAUCGUGGCUCGUUCGGCCGACUGAGCUUCGCCAGUCCGGAGCUGGGGCCGACCGAGCCGCGCUUGGCCGCCACCGGCCUCCGACAGCCGCGGCUCAGCACCGGCAGGAGGGCCGAGAAGACGGAGUCGGGAGGCCAGCGGCGGUCAGCUGCCGGCUGCACCUGUUCGCGCGUGGCCGGCGGCGCCUCCCUGCCCUGCCCCAGCUGCUCAGACAGGACGGACCCGGCGGCCUGCUCUGACCGCCGGGACCGGUACCCGAGCAGCAGCAGCAGCGCAGGAGCAGGACCCGUCCACAGCCGCCUGCUGGGGGCCGAUCUCUCCAUACGAACCGCGAGGAACGGCCGUCCGCCGAGCUGGGGCAGCAGCUGGGACAGCGCCGGUGACGAGCGGGACCGAGAGGCCAGCCGGAGUCCGCGCCACCGGCGCCUCAGCAGCGCAUCAGGCUCUGCCGAGGACCUGGCGGCCGCCGAGACGCUGGUCACCUUCCGCGGCUCUGCCGGCGCCGGGCACGAGGAGCAGGACGGGCCGAUCGACCUGUCGGUGGGCAGCGGCCGGCAGGCGGCGGCCGAGCCGGCGCCGGCGGCCGUCCCGCGCCGCUCGGCCGCCGACGUGCUCCGGCCACUGGCCGAGGCCGACCAGCUGGGGAUCAUGUACGCCGUGCUCGGCCGGCUGGACGUGAGCCGGGAGGAGCGGCCGGCGCCCCUCCGCCUGCCGCCGACCGGCCCGGAGCUGCCGGCCAAGCAGCGGCGCGUCUCCGCCGAGCCGGCCGCGUCGGUACCGCCGUCGGUGACGGUGACUGCACUGGCGGCCGGAGUGGCGGCCGUGGUCCGGACGCUACCUCAGGUCAAGGAGGAGGCCAUGUCGCCGCCCCUGCCGCCCCCGCCGCAGCCGCCGCCGCAGCCGGCCGCCGAGAGCAGUCGACUGCCGGUGGUUGUGGAGGAGAUGCCGGAUGAGAAGCCGACGCCGCCCCCGCCACCCCCGCCGCCGCUGCCGGCGCCGAGGGCGAUCUCCCCGGCGGGGACCGAUGACGCCGGCUCAGACGUCGACAUCGAGAUCGACGUGGUGUCGCCGGGAGACGAGUCGUCGGAGCCGGCGCGCGCGGCGCCCGCCGACGGCUCGGCGCCGCCCGCCGGCGGCAUGCAGGCCAUCCUGAAGGACAUCUUCAACCAGGUGCGCCAUGAGCGGGCCAGCGCCGGGUUCGCGCCCUCGCGGCCCGAGGCGGCGGCGGCCAGCGGGACGACCGAGCCGGCCGGCUCGGCGCCCAGCCUGAUGCACCCGAACGUGACGGCCGGCCAGCCGGGUCUGGCGCUGACACGGCCCACGCAGCGGGUGGAGCCGGCCGAGCCGGCCCAGCACAGCGACUCGUCCUUCUUCAACAGGAACUCGGACCGGCUGGUGUGCACGGUGUGCAACAAGCGCGACUUUGUCAACCGUAACCAGCUGUCGGCUCACACCAAGACACACCAGAUGGACCAGCGACGCUUCCGGUGUGACGUGUGUGAGGUCAGCUUCCGCUCCGAGCAGCAGCUCAACAAGCACCGGAAGAGCAACGACCACCUGCAGAAGGCCAACAUUCACCGGCAGUUCGGCAAGCCGCAGGGCGACAGGCGCAUCUACGAGUGUCUGUUCUGCAUGAGGGGGUUCCACAACAUCGGCACCCUGCACAAACACUUUCGGUGCAAGACCCACAUCAUGGGACUGGAGAACGCCGGCUGGCUGCCGUGCGGCACGUAUGCAGAGCUGGAGGCGCUCGGCGUGCCCGGCAGGACAGACGGCGCGGACAGCAUCAACGUGGAGGGCACCUGGCCCAACUACUGCCAUCUGCAGGAGCUGUCGCUGACGCUGCUGCAGCGGGACCGGCACGCCGAGAUGGCCGACUGGCGGCGCAAGUUUGACGAUAUCCGGCGCGGCCGGCCACCGCGCAGCUACCCGUUCGAGAUCGACCCCAAGCUGCGUGGCAACGCCGACCCGAGCCGGCCGCGGCCGCAGUUCCCGGGCGACUUUUUCCGCGCACCGCCGGCCAACGGCACAAACGAGAGUACAAACGCCGCCCAGCGGCUCACAUAUCGGUCGGCGAGCGCAGCCGGCGGCGGGGGCGGCCUCUGCGCGGCGCUCAAACAGGAGCAGGCCGACGAGGAACCGACGGAGCCGCUCCGGCUGAACGGACAGAGCUACUGAGAUGGGGACCUGCUGAUCUCGGGGGCGCCGAGAACCAGAAGACUUUCCGAUAUUGUUAUAGCACGGGGCUCGGUGUGGCCCACAGGCGAGACACGUUCAAAGCUGCGCGCUCGCGCUCGCCCGCGUCUGGUGCCUUAUGAUGCGGUGCGGCUGGCUCGCCGGCGCCUGACGUGCGCUGGCCGUUUGUGUGUAUAGCUGUGUGGGCGCGGCGGUGGCGCGCGCCCCUCGAGUAUGUGAUAUGGGUGGACGGGACGCGCCGGUUUUGUGGCGCUGCGCCGCGCUGUGAGCGGUGCGCGCCGGGCGGCUCACCGCCAGGGUAAGCGUCGCCCGUUUACGGAGCCGGCCGGCGGGUAUGUGGGCCCGCCCCAGGCGCCAUUUGGAGUGAUGCACGCCAUACGACACGAGGAUGCUGGUACAAAUGUCUGUCGCGCUCACUGUGUUAAUAAUAUGAGGAAAGUGACCUGUU